UCCACGUCUGACUAAAUAAUAUUCGAUUAUUUUAGAUUAAAAAGUAAAUUAUGAAAAGGGGUUAAUAGUCUGCGUGGAUCUUCAGCCGUUUCAGACGCAUACCCAGAAAUUUCGAGGUGAAAAAUUGUUUGUUCUUCUGAGUUCCCAUCGGGUUUAUCCUCUAGUCUGUCUCCCUUUGAAUAUUCAUACGACAACGCUUGAUUUUGGUUUUGAAUAGAUAGAUUAGAAACCAAGGAUUGGCUAUGGAGGAUGCAAACGCGAUUAGGUAUUGGUGUCACAUGUGCUCUCGAUCCGUGAAUCCAGUCAUCGAAGGCGAAGUAAUCAACUGCAACUUCUGCCAAAGCGGAUUCGUCGAAGAAAUGGACGAAACUCCAGAUCAGGCCACCGGCGAUCAUCCUCAUCAGGCUGUUGCUGAGUCUCUCUGGGCUCCCAUCUUGCUCGGGGUGAUGAACGAUCAUGAUCAGAAUCAGAGAGCCUCAGAAUCUAAUGUCGAAAACGAAGAUGGCAACAAUGAUGACGAUGACGAUGAUGAUGGUCAGAUUAACGAUGGAGAGUUUGAUUUGGAACGGCACCUGGAAGAGGUCAUGAGGAGAAGGAGGAGACACUCGGCCGCGAUACUCGACCUUCUCCAAGGGAUCCGAGCCGGGUUAUCGGUUGAAUCCGAAAACAACGAUGAUAAUAAUCAAGAUAACGAGCUUGUCGUCUUGAUAAACUCCUUUAACCAGAGGAUAAGGAUUCAAGACUCCGUCGAUGCGAGUGCCGUUCCUUCUGGAUCUUUGGGUGACUAUUUCAUCGGACCUGGGUUCGAGAUGUUGCUUCAGCGUUUGGCUGAGAACGAUCCUAACAACAGGUACGGGACGCCUCCCGCGACGAAGGAAGCUGUUGAGUCGUUGGAGACGGUUAUGGUGGAGGAAGGUUUGGUGCAGUGUACUGUGUGUUUGGAUGAUUUUGAGAUUGGGGUUGAGGCGAAAGAGAUGCCGUGUAAGCAUAAGUUUCACAGCGAGUGUUUGUUGCCGUGGCUUGAGCUUCACAGCUCGUGUCCUGUGUGUAGAUAUUUGCUUCCUACUGGGGAUGAUGAUGGUGAAACGAAGACUGAUGCGGAGACGUCGAGUAAUGUUUCUAUGGAGAACAAUGGAACGUCGGUAGACUCGAGUUCGAACAAUCCAUCGGUUAAUGAUUAAAGGAUCAGAAUGUGAGGGGUCAGUUUGGUGAAGGGUUUGUGAUUAGUUUACUGAUACGUGGUAAUGUUGAAUGCUACUUUGGCUGCAGUACAUAGUUUUCUCAAGUUUUGUUGAAAGUUGGAUUUCUUUUGGAUUUUCAAGUCUUUUUUUUUCUGAUUGUUUCGAGUUUUGAUUCGAUCAGUUCGUUACUAUAAUAAUCAGCAUUAAAAAGUAUAAAAUAAGUUAAACUUGUGCA